UGGCAAAAAUGGGACAUAGACCACGCAACGAAUUUCUCGUUCCUGGAAUUACUCGCUUCUCCCGAAGUGUAGUUUAUGCCAGAAAGGCCUUAUUUAAGCGCAAGAAAACGACUUUUGAGAAGGUUCAAACCAAAUCUCAAACCACCAAAACAGUUGAAAUAAAGGGUGAUAAAAAUGGUGGUAAACGUGUGAUUCCAUUAGAAAAAGCGCCCAGAUUUUAUCCCGCGGAGGACACUCCGCGUCCAAAGAAAUCUCGUAAAGUCAACAAACCAGCUAAGCUUCGUUCUGCCAUUACUCCUGGUACGGUUCUUAUCUUGCUGGCUGGUCGUUUCCGUGGAAAGCGCGUCGUCUUUUUAAAACAACUUGAAAGUGGAUUGUUAUUAAUAACCGGUCCAUUUAAAAUCAAUGGCGUACCGUUGAGGCGUGUCAAUCAAUCUUAUGUCAUUGCUACUUCUACUAAACUUGACAUUUCCGCUUGUUCGCUUGACAAGUUCAAUGACACAUACUUUAAAAGAGAAAAGAAAUUAAAAAAGAAAGUCACAGAAGAACAACUCUUUGGUGAAGAUCAAAAGCAAGAGAAAAAACUUUCGAAGCCGAGAGCUGAUGAUCAAAGAGAGAUCGACGGGAAAAUCGUUAUUGGGUUGAAGAAAACGCCUCAUCUUAGAGAUUAUCUGCAUGCUAGAUUUUCACUUUCCAAAG